AUGGAUCAGCUGGAAACAAUGUUAAUUGAAGCUUUAGAUAGUUUAGAUGAGAAAAUAGAAAGAAUUGGAACUGUUUCUUUAAUUAUGGAUCAUAUUAUUGAAAUUGGGAAACUUUCAGAAAGAUCUGUUAAUAUCUAUGAAUUAGAAGAGUACUAUAUUGAACAGAUCAAUCGGUGGAUGGAAAAGUAUGAGAUUAGAGUUAAAGAGGCGGAAGAGAAAGAAGUUCGGGCUUUAGAGAGGGAGAAGCAGUAUUUGAGUUCUUUAAAGAAGAUUCGUGAGUUGGAGAAGACUAGUGGAGAUACUCAGACGAAGUAUGAAUACUUGAAAAGGGUUUGUCAGCCUAAAAUGAGUUAA